AAAGGCGGAGCGGGAGGGUCCUGGCGGCGGCCGAAAGGCGGGAAUCUGCUCCUCUGAGGAAAAGCGAGUUUCUUUUUUCCAUUCCCACUGGCACAACCUCAGCGUGCACUGGAGAAGCCUCAGCCCCUCCCGACUCUGCCAUCUGGCUGAGCACAAUCAACCAAAAAAGUGUCCAUUUUCUCCUCUGAAAGCAGGGCCUGGCAGGGUUUGUCACCGGCCCCGAAGCCCACAGGCUGUGCUGCACCCCGAGCUGGUUCCUCUCAGCCAAAUGGGCCCACAGAUUGUGCCACAAGCUUCUGUGCAAUUGAGACCCUGUGGGGGAAUUAUCUCUCACCACGCUAAAACAGGGACUUUUGAGACCAGUUGGCACACUCUAAAGAAGAACUGGGAAGAGUUGGUGCUGGAUCCACCAAGAAGGGUUGCUGGUGACCAUUAACAAAAUCUAUGGGUUUAAGGAUCUGUUCCAUGGAGAAAAGUACAGCUACAGGAACUGGGCCUCUGAAAGAAGGUUGCACCAGCUGGCAGGUUAAAAAUAAGAAAACAAAAAGCUUGGAAGAGUUGCUACUACAGGAAGAUCGGAACCAAUGGACUGUAUGGAUAUAGAUAUGUUUGAAGGCAUCUGCUCUUCCCAUUACAAGAAUCAUGAAUAAACUGGCAGACCAGCAGGACCACAUGAUACCAUGAAGAGAAGCUUACAGGUCCUCUAUUGCCAACUGUUUAGUGUUCUACUGAUCUUGGCACUGACAGAAGAGCUGGUGUUUUCUGUUCAGGUACUGUCUCCCACUGUCUCCUCCUCUCAGGGCUUCCCAAUGGACACUACCACUAUCGCAGCCAUGGGAACAACACCUCGCCACAAAGACCGCCAUGCAGCGGAGCACCUUCCCACGUCCACUCACACCAUUCCCCAUCCCGUCAGCCUGGCGGAGAAAGCCCUUUCCACCGGGCAAAACCAAGCGAGCGGCCCUGGCCUCGGUGGAAAGGAAAUAUAUCAUUUGUACAACCAGAGUGCUUUGUACUCGGGACAGACUCGCCCCAAGGGGAAAAUAUUCCAGGUUUUCAAAGGCAACUUCACAGAGUCCUCAGAGCCUUACCUAAAGACGACCCUGCACUCUCCCUUCCCUACCCUGAGGAGCACUUUCCCAGACCACCCGUUUCAGCCCCAGACCACAGCGUCCAGCGAUCCAAAUGGCACGGGGCUGGCAAGAACUACACACUCAGACCCUUCUCCCCGCCAUAACAGCUCGGGAAACCUUAGGGAAGGAGAGCGAGGAGGUGGGGCCAAGGUAGUGGUGCAGGAGGCAGAUUUUGCCACCACAACUGCUGGACCAUCGACUGAUCCUGAAGCAGUGUCGGUGCCUUUUAAACCCACCCGCUACGGCGUAUGGGAUAUGCUGAGCAAAACCAACUCUUGGGUAACCUUGAAUCUCAGUACAAGUGUCCCUCUGUUUGCUGGCCCUGGAUCUGCAACAGCAGCAGCGGGUCACUCAGUUCAGACGAGUUUUGACGUCAGCAUCUCCUCCACGGCACCCGGAGACCCCAAGGGACCAGCUCCAACGCAGCACAGUGCAGUGACUAAUACGACCUUGCUGGGCAGCGCUCUCUCCGCAGCGCCCGUCACGAGGUUGUCCAGCUCCAUUUCCACUGCUGGCUCCACCGCCACCGGGAACUUCCUCAACAGACUAGUUCCUGCUGGGACCUGGAAACCUGGGGUGCAAGGAAAUAUCUCCCAUGUCACCGAGGGAGACAAACCCCAACACAGAGCAACCAUCUGUCUCAGCAAGAUGGACAUUGCGUGGAUCAUUCUGGCCAUCAGUGUACCUAUAUCCUCAUGUUCAGUUCUGCUGACAGUCUGCUGCAUGAGGAGGAAGAAAAAGACAUCUAACCCAGAAAACAACCUGAGCUAUUGGAAUAAUGCUAUUACCAUGGACUACUUCAACAGGCAUGCUGUAGAGUUACCGAGAGAGAUCCAGUCCCUGGAGACUUCAGAGGACCACCUCUCCGAGCCACGCUCUCCCGCCAAUGGCGACUACCGCGACAGCGGAAUGGUCCUCGUGAACCCCUUCUGUCAAGAAACGCUAUUUGUAGGACACGAGCAAGUCUCUGAAAUAUGACCCCACAGCUGCCCGCGUGUUGCAGUUUCAUCUCUACUGUCUCCAAAUUAUAAAUAAAUAUAUAUAUUAUAAAUAUAACCUUUGUGUAACCCUGAAUUACAAGAAAUGUUUUCAGCUUUUCUUUUCUCCCUCAGAAUUGUCAACCCCUUUUUUAUAAGUGUGGUAAAACUUUACAGAACAAACUGUGGCUUUAUAAAAUAAAGGUAUUUCUAAGCAAA